AUGGAAGGCUGGCAUUUUGUUAUGUUUUCUAUUGUUCAAGUGUUCGUUCAUUUGCAGUCGUCUGCUGCUGUUAACGUUGCCCUUGGUAAGCCUGCCUACCAGACGGAUACUUAUCAAACUGAUGCCGCGGAUCGUGCCGUUGACGGGAAUACGUCACCGGAUUUGAACGCGGGAAGGUCGUGCGCAGCCACGAAGUCGUUCAAUACCUCAUGGUGGGUUAAUCUCCAGCAGAUAUUCCUCAUCCGAAGUGUCAAGAUUUUCAACAGGAAUGAUUGUUGUGGUAAUAGACUUACACACAUCGAGCUUUACGUCGGGUUUUCAGAGCGCGGCUUUCAAUCGCGUGAAGGAUUUAGACCGGGAGAAGUCGGUAUUUCACACACGUUUGAUCUAGUCACACCGGUGUACGGACAGUGGGUACGAAUCACACGUAACCCUCCUGUCGACGUUCUUACUCUGUGUGAGGUGGAGGUGGAAGGUGUUCCAUAUUCUGCAGGAAACGGCUUUCAUUUCUCGGUCUUUCAAGGAUAUGUUCACACUGGUACUGCAAUCGACGUAUCCAAGAAGGUCGGGUCAAAACUCGUCUGCGCAUCAAGGUGUUCCAACUCAAGCAACUGCAUCAGUACCCACUACAACACAGCGACCUUUACCUGCAGCCUGUUCGAUUCAUUGGCAUUCAAGAAAAGGACGUCGAAACUGACGUCUGUGUUGUCAACAGUAUUGCCAUAACAAAUAAUUCAAGGGAACAGUUGUUUGGGACAUAAACAGUAAAUCAGACUGUCAUGUUUUUCAAAGCCAAGUAAAGCAAAUUAGAAACAUGAAUAUAUUCAAACAAAAUAACUUCGAUAUCGAUGAACAAAAUGAAUACAAAAUCAGCUCCACAAAUAGAAGACAAAUCUUUUUAUAUCACGAAAUCAUUUGAGUCAUUUAAAACAGUCGACACAGAACACAAACACGCAAAAACUCACCUAAAUCCUUACAUUCUGUCACCGCCCUGGAACUGUCAUUAAAAAUAAUUCUGGAUGUAAACCUGGUAUAAGUUUACUCUCCAAACCCUUAUACAUGUACAUGGCCUAACCCUUUUUGAAAAAAAACCUGUAAAUGUUAAUCCUCAUAAGCAAAUUGAAGUUAUUGUACACCAUCAAAACAAAACAGGUUUAUUUUCAGAUUAUAUUUUCACAAUAUUCAGUAUAUGUAAUAAACGUUAAAUAACGUAAAAUUUAUGAUUGUUUAUAAGAUUAACAACCAGCUUUUGCUGCUGUGAUGCGUUGCUAAUAAACAAGUGUGACUAUGCAAGUCGCGAUUUAGUUCAUACCAGUCCUUGUUGUUGUUUACCAAUAAAAAGUGAUAGCUACAUAAAAAAAGUAAUUCUGAUACAAUAUACAAGCAAUGAAAAUAUUGAAUACACUUUAAACGUAAAAUCAAGUGCACCAUCCUAUAAAAUGUAGCCCAUAUUUUUCGUACAUCAAGGGCGUAGAAAUGAUCACACAA